AUGUAUCAAUUCUUUUCUAUCUAUCUAUCUAUCUAUCUAUCUAUCUAUCUAUCUAUCUAUCUAUCUAUCUCUGAGCUUCAGAUCUGCCGUGAAAAAUAUUCGGCUUUCUUUGCUUCGUCUCACCCGCAUGUGCUUUGUUUUACCUGCGCAUGCGCCUGCACGUGUGUCGUCUUCCGAGCUUGCGAGUCAUGUGCACUGAUUGCCCUCGGCGCUCUCUCUUGCUUGUGCCUGGCUCGUCUGAUACAUUUGAUCACCUGCCACUCCCCCCACACACAUACACAUGCGCAUUUCUUUCAUCCUUUCUUUCUAUCUAUCUAUUCAUCCAAUUGUUCAUAUCUAUCUAUCUAUCUAUCUAUCUAUCUAUCUAUCUAUCUGUUCAUAUAUCUAUCUAUCUAUCUAUCUAUCUAUCUAUCUUUCUACUUUACGCGCAAUAAAGACCAAACAAUGUGGACUCAACAUUUGGUCUUUAUUUCUUCUUCUUCUUCUUCUUCUUCUUCUUCUUCUUCUUCUUUCAUGGAUCAAGUGUUAAUGACGUCUGAAGAAAGAACCGCAAAACACUUUUCUGUUAUGUUUUUCUUCUUUUUUCUUUUCGGCUUAACCGACUUGUCCUCACUGGUUGAAUGA